AACAACUCUAAAAGAAGAAGAACUUAUUUGUUUAUUUUCUUAUUUAUUCUUAAUUUUAUUUUAGGUAUUUAAUCAAAAAACGAUGUAAACAUUAGAAUUUGACUAGAAACAUGCAUAAAGGAAUUAAAAAGUGUUUCUCCGAAAAUGUUUAUCUAUUUUUGGGUAUUAUAAUCGGACUCUACAUUUCAACUAUAAUAUCUAAUAGUGUAGAAUUAACUUGUUCCAAACAACCCUUAAUGAAAGAUGAAACGGCCCAAGAAAUUAUAAACUCGUCAGUUAACAAAUUGGAAGUUAAACCACCCAAAAAAACAAGUCCUAAUCCAGAUAAACCCAAAUUAGUAAGACCUAGAUACUAUUCAACAGAAUUGGGAAUAAGGGAGAAACUGUUUGUUGGUAUAUUUACCUCAGAGGAAAAGAUAAAUACUCAAGCUAUUCAUAUAAAUAGAACAAUUGGUCAUUUGGUAGAUCGAAUCAAAUUUUUUAUAACUGCUCAAUACAAGCUCAAGACCAAACACAAUUUAACUGGUCUAGUAGGAUUUACAGAUGCUAGGCAUAAAUUCAGACCUUUCCAAGUUAUUAAGUAUGUAGCUGACACAUUUGGACAAAAUUAUGACUAUUUUUUCUUUGCUAACGAUUUCACAUUCAUCAAUGCUUAUGAACUUAAGGAUAUUAUCAAAAAAAUUAGUGUUAGCAUGGAUGUUUACUUAGGGUCAACUGUGAAAGAUGGAAGCUAUUGUAAUUUAGAUGCAGGUAUAAUUUUAAGCAAUUCUGUUCUAAAAGCAAUGCGAAACCACCUGGAUUGGUGUAUCAUGAAUGCAGUUUCAGAGGAUCCUAGUGAAAACAUUGGAAGAUGUGCCUUCCACAGUUUAGGAAUUUACUGCCAACAGAACAUUCAAAUGGAAAGAAUUCACUCUUUUAGGAUCAAGCAAUUUGAAUUGGCUCCUUACUUGAAAGAUUUAUCAGAAAAGGCAGAAUUUAAUAAAGCUAUUACCAUAUAUCCAGUGCUACAAAAAGAAGACUUUUAUUUAUUGAAUGCUUAUUUUCUUAGAGUAAGUAAUAUUUUAGACCAAAGUAUGAAAGGAUCAGUUCCUUCAGUACUUCUAAAGUGGAAACACCAAGGGGAGGAUAGAAGGUUAACAAAGAUAAAUAAAGAAAUUAAACGGAUAUCAGAACCUCUAAUUGAUACAUGGCCCCCAGGGCAAAGACAAGGAGCAAAAGCAGCUACUCGUUUUGAUUUGCCAAGAAAUUGUUAUUUUAAUCAAUCUCAUGUAUUUUUCUCAGAUGAUUUUACAACAUUAAGGAAACAUACUAGUGAGGAGUUAGUGGAUCUAAAGAACAUUAUUGAGGAAAUCAAACUAAAAACUGCCAACAACUAUUCAAAUCUUUUGGAAUAUGUAGAUCUUGUUAAUGGUUAUAAAAUAUUUGAUUUAAGUAGGGGAAUGGAUUAUACAGUUGAUUUAAAAUUUAAGGACUCAAGCAAUGGAAAGGAAGUAAUAAAAAGGUUCGAGGUUAGCAAACCUCUUGGAAACAUCGAAUUAAUUUCAGUCCCCUACGUCACUGAAAAUUCAAGAGUUCAUAUUGUCCUUCCCGUUGAAGACACAGAAACAGCGAUGGCAAUGGAAUUUUUAAAAAACUAUUCUGCAACCAUUAUGGACAGGAAAGAAAAAACUUUUCUGUUGUUAGUAUUAUUUUACCAAUACAACAGUGACAGCAAAGGAAAUACGGAUCCAUAUGUAGACUUGAAAAGUUUUGUUACGUCAUCUCUAACAAAAUAUAAGAACGACGAUGUCAAAAUAGCAUGGUUAUCUAUAAGACUACCAGAAGCUCCAAAUCCCUUGUAUAUUGAGGAAUAUAGAGCUUUAAAUUUUGCUGUAGUGGAUUUGGCUUUAAAGAAAAUUGGUCUAGACAGUUUAACACUCGUUUUAGAUGUGUAUUCUAACGUUACUGUAGACUUUUUGAAUAGGGUUAGAAUGAAUACAAUUCAAGGUUUUCAAAUAUUCAGCCCCGUACCGUUUCGACAAUAUAAUCCAAAGGUGUCACAAAUUUUUACCUUCGAUGUUAACAAAAUAUCUGGGCAUUUUGACCGAGAGGAGUAUAAAUACAUAUCUUUCUAUGGCAAAGAUUACGUAUUUGCCAGGAAAAAGCAUCAACAUAUUAUCCCAUUAAUAAGAAUCGACAACGAUAUUACAAAGAUUCUUGACGAAGAUCAUAAAAAUAUUGGAAACGUUUUUGAAAUGUUCGUUAAAUUUCACGAAAAGCUACAUUGUAUGAGAGCAACGGAAAUGAACCUUAAAAUCAAAUAUCACGAAGAAAAGAACCUCGAAAAAAGAAAUUUGUUUUUAGGAAGUGAAGCUCAACUUGCUAAAGUGUUAUUACAGAAGGAUAAGAUUACUGAACUGUUUUAAAAAAUUGUUUUUAGAGAAAAAAAAUAUUUUGUAUAGUAUUAUAUUUUUGAACGUUGUUUUUAAAAUUGUGGAUAAAUAUUAAUAUACGGAGCUAAUAUUUUUU